AUGCACGUCCAUGUCCCGCCGCUCAUCCUUCCAAAGCACACCGCGACUCCAACCACCUCUUCGCACGACUUCGUGCACGUCGACCUGGUCGACUUCCGCCAGCCCAGCACGUCGACUCCAACCUGGGUCAGUUCCACGGCCAGCUUCUGCUGGGCCUUUUACAAGGCAGCGCCCAUCCUGGCCCGGCCCAUCCUGGCCGCCUGUGAGGCGGAGCAAGAGACGGCCGCGCAGCUUGGCGGGGCGCUGGCGAAGCUUCGGAGGUGGCAACGCUUUAAAGAGCUUGGCCUAGCUGCGUUGGAACUCCGCUCGACGGCGAAGUUUUCUGUGUUGCACUGGAGCAGUGUGGAUGGCGCUAUGAUUUCCACCAGCACCUGCAACAAGAUACCACAGAAGCUGCAGCACCUCGGAGGCCGUGUCGGAUGGCUGUUCGUCGAUGGCUACACUUGGUCCGCUGUGCAUGCUGCAAGCCACCCCUGCACUCGAAGCGCUCAGUGCCACCAGUGGCUCUCCGCACCUGCGGAGCCGCUGGCACAAAGCUUCCAGCCGGGCUGCGUUCCUAACUGGCCGAACUCGCCGGGCGUGCGGCGGUGCUAUGCGUCCACCUGGGUGCGCUUCGGGCAGCUUCGGCCCACGCCUUAUGCUGCACUCGCCCCUCAGUCCGUUCUGCACAUGCGUCUACUGCCAGUGGCUUUCCCGAGCACUCACCACGUCCCUCGCAGCCCCGGGCUCCGAGCCUUGCCCUCGUCUCCUCUGCUGCAUGGUGGGCAGCUGUUGCUCCUGACGGCCUCUGCUCUUCUACGUCUGGAGACCCUUGGCUUGGUGGAGUCCUAUGCCACCGAAGAAAAAGCGGAGACAUCACUCCCCUCCGGUCCGCCGCCGCCUACGCCAGUCAACCUGCCGAAGGCAAGAGGAGCGCCCAAGGCUGGCACAGGCGCGACAUCAAGGGCCAAGGCCAGUGGACCUCCGGUCCCAUGCCCGGCCAGCUGCGGUGGUCUCCGCAAGUGCGACUCGUAUCAAUACCACCGGGACCUGCUGCACUGCCUACAGAUGGGCCCUCACUCGGCUACCACGGCUGCGGAUCACACGUUUCGAGUCACCCCUGCCGGCAGUGUUGUUGCCAUACCAUUGCCGCCGGUCGCUGCCCUCUCUGGAUACGCAAUGUCUGCCUGGACACGCGGCAGAAACGCCAGGCCCGACAGCAAUCCAGGCCUCGGCCAGAGCUGCGAGCUCCUCGGCCUGCUUCGGGUGAUGCCAUUGAGCAAGUGGCCUCUACUAUCAGGGCGGCAGUCUCCGCUGGCGAGCCGGUACCACUCAGCUGCCUCAACUACCGCCAAGACCGCGAUGCACUGGCUCCUCCAGUAUAUGACCUGGAGAACUCGACCGCCGCCUGUGACGGUCUUCCUGAAACACAUCAUCAAGACCGUCCGCACAAGUCGCAGAUCACCGCCCUCUUCGCUACCCAAGGCUGGAUCUACUCCCUCCGGAGAAGCCGAGCCCGCGACCUCUCACCCACGUUUGGCCCCCACGCCGAAGAGACGGCCAAGUGUGCUUCUGCGGGACAAUCCUCCACGGCAUCUUCCCUCAGAUAUGACUGCUCUGGAAAGCGCAGAGCUUCCCCAGCUGCUUUCGGACACGGAAGAGAGCACCAUGGAGGUUCAUGCGGGCGACAUCCGGCUGCAGUGUGCUCGCAAAACCCGGCGAAUGAAACGCAGCCAGCCAGAAGACAUCAUUGAUCUGGAGAUACCGGCCACUUCCCCCUCAGGCUCCGGUUCGUCACCACUGAUGACAUUGACGCCUCUUCCAGCUGAUGAUCUCGGCACGGAACCUGAGACCUCCUUGUCAAGAACGGCCAUUGCACCAGGGACCCCAAAAGGACUGUCCGGCUCGACUCCUGAUCCGGCCUCUGAGCGGCCUUCUGGCUCCAAACUGGGCCACGACACCGAGACCCGGAUCAAGCACAAGCAAUCGAAGUCCAAGCAAAGAUCGGAUAAGCGGACCUCCGGCACAGCUGCUCCGCGCUCCUCAACCAGGUCGGGAGUGAGGGAUGGACGUGAUAUGGAUGUACCUAUGCACGACCCUGACUACGUUCCAGAUCCAGCCCUUAGGCCGAGGACGCGCAGCAUUUGGUUUGUACAGCAAGAUGCAGAUGCGAGUUCUGGGCAAAGUCCGGACAUCGAUCGAGUGGAAGCAUACAUUGCUGCACUGAUUGCGCUGCCGUCUCCUGCUCUGCUACCGCACGCUGACGUGCAUGCUACACUCCGCUCUGCUCAGGUCACUGCUCUGCGGACCAUCGGGCGAAAUCCUGUCCGGUGCUCAGCUCAGAACAACGUCGGCCUUUGCUAUGCUAGGCAGCUGUGCUCGGUUGCGUCUUUCUGGCGGAUACAUUGCUCUCGCACCGGAUUCCCCGCCCCCUGGUGUGGAACGGCGGCCCCGACCUCAACAGAUCACCUUGGCGUCUUCUUCGAUGGCUGGGGCUCAGCACAAGAUGCCCAGCAGGAGGGCUCGAACACAGGUGUGGAUCACUCUGUUCCGGACCAGGAGCUGCAACUCUUACGACCUUCGAUGCCAUCCUCCACGGCCAAGGCCACAGCACAGCUCCCAGACAGCUCGUACGUGUCGAUGCUGCAACAGACGAUCGAGCGCUGGCGCGCCAGCCUUGACCGGUCGUCUCCCUUCGACAACCUCACCUUCACGCUGCCCAGCCUAUGGUCUUCACCUCCGAUGUGCUCGUCUGCGUUCGGGUUGGAGGCACUGGCAGUCGCCAUCCUCCUGAAGCCGUUCAAGAAGAACGGCCAGCACUUGGCCCUCGCCGUGAUUCAGGAGACGCACUGGGCGUCCGACCUAGCUUUCAAAAUGGAAGGCUGGCAAGCUCUUGCCUCUCCGAGUCAGGAUCGCGUCUCCGGCAUCCUUGUGCUUGUGAACCUCAGGUUCUUUCAGCGGGACCAUAUCCAACUCACCUCCAUCAUCGAAGGCAGGCUGGUACACCUACGCCUGGAAGGUAAUCCAUCCCUGGAUGUGGUCAUUGUGUAUCAACACCUGUUCGAAGGCGCUCCCUGGUGCCGCUGGUUUGGAGCAGGCCCUGGCCAGGCGAUCCUCACUAUGGACCAAAUUGCACCAAACGCUUGCCAGGAAUUCCAGCAGCUGACUCGUACCUUCUCGCUCCAGGCUCUCAACACUUUUGGCCGAGCGGGGACUCAUGCACAAACUUUUCUGCCGGCCACGGGCAACAGAGGCACGCAAAUAGACUUUGCGCUUGCGCGCCACCUCGCUGCCGAUAGUACUGCCAGACGUACUGGACCAACCUGGCUUCCCUUUGUCGAGCCCUGUGGGCUGCGGCACCUGCCCCUGCUGGGCUCCAUCCUCAGACCUGUUCUGCCCAAGCGCGCCAAGCAGUCACGUUCAUCCCCUUCCGCCACCUUGGCCUCUGUUAGGACGGCACUUCGUAUGGACCAAACUCUUGCCGCUCGCUUUCAGGCACAGGAGGCUGAGCUGAAAGAGGCCACCAAGAACUUCAAACUGCUCUGUGCUCAGAACAAGCAGCUCAAAAUUCAGCAGAUGUUGCAAGAGGCGGAGCAUGCGGCCCACAAAGGUCUUACGGCUGUUUACCAGGUGGUGAAGCGUCUUGCCCCCAAGACCGCUCAUAAGCCCAUCCUCUUCCGUGACCAACAGGGCACCCCUCUCACCACGGCCAGGAAGCGCAAGCCCUACAAGACUACUUCAGAGGCCUUUACCGCUCCUCCUCGCCUGAGCCUCCCCCGCCGGGCCACUCGUUCUCCCCGUUUGAGUUGGAGGAGCUCACCAACGCCGCAGCUUCCCACUGGUAAGGCCCUGCCCUCUUGGCUGGCACCGGCCCCGCUCUGGACCCUGGCUGCUACGCAGGUGGCCGCUACUGUUCACCCUGCACUAUCCGACUGGCUGACGAACAUGACGGCCCCCAUGCCGGGGCCCAUUGCCCUCCUUCACCCGGUUUCGAAAUGCUUAGCGAAGAUGGUUUAUGAACCAGAUGACAUCCUUCGCAUUCUGCAGGACAUCGCUUUCAUUAUCGACACUCUUACCUCCCUUGGAAUGUCAGUGAGUGACUCCAAAACAGUCAUCAUCGACGGACUUCGUGGCCCCGCCAAGUCCAGACUCCUGCGCCCUCUUCUGCAGCGUCAUAAAGAUAAGGGCCCCUGUCUGCGUGUGUUGUGCGCCACCGGCUCGCUGGACCUGCCCUUUCGUAAGCAGCAUCCCUACUUGGGCAUUGUGCUUAGCUACGACUGCUUUGAGAAGCUAUCCCUCCAAGCCAGAAUCAAGCAAAGCUGGGCCAACUUCAGCCGUCUAUUCUCCUUACUCCGAUCCAAGCACAGUCCACCUAAGCAACGGCUACAGCUCUGGACGGCAUGUGUCUUCUCCACGCUGAGGUAUGGAAUUACCAGCACCGGCCUCCCUCCUCGGGGGCCUGACCUUAUUCGUCAAAUUGUGGCCAAGCAGGUUCGUCUCGUCCUCAAGUCUCCCAGCUGGAGCACUCAUGAAACCACGGCCGAUCUCUAUGCCAGGCUCAACUUUCAGGACCCUAUCGCCCAGCUGGCCACUCAAAUGCAGUCCCGGCACAGCCGGCCUUCCCUUAGCAUUGAGGCUUUCGACACUCCUGAACGCCAACGCUGGCGUGCUGCUCUUCCAGCUUCGUUUGUGCCUGAUCCUCAAGCUCAUCAGCCCUCUGCUGUGCAGCCAUCCGAGAGCGCUUCUCGUUGUGGUCUUGUGGAUGUUUCGGGCAUCGUUGCGCGCAUUUUUGCCUGUCCACACUGCCCGCAGACCUUCCCCACCUUGAUUGCUCUUCGUACCCACUGUACCAAAGCGCACGGGAAACCGCCCGACCAGGAUGAACUGCCCCCCGAGGCGUCUGCUGCUGCGUCCACCCUGGCCCACACUGCCACACCUAAUCGCGAGGCGGCCGAUAAUCCGACCCCUUCUGCCGCACUGCCUGCCGCUCAUCCGCCUCCUGAUCUUGGUGAUGAGCGCUCUGUCCCCAGCACCGCUCCACCUACGCAGGUUGCUUCUUCCUCCUCCUCGGCUGCGCCCUCGGAUGCGCUACCCCUCCUUCAACGACCUGAUAUCCGUGCCCUGGCUCUCCAGGAGGAUUGGCAACCCCCGACACCUUCGUAUCAUGCACGCUGGUCAAGGAUUGCGACACUGCCCUGUUUGUCACCACAAUGGUUCACUCGCACACAGGAUAUCUUCCGGCAUCUGAAGCGUCAGCACCCGCUUUCUGCACUUCAAGAGUCCAUGCGAGCUGACUGGCUCACAGCACGUACGGCUGCAGCCCGCUCUCCCUGUAGCUGGUGCAGACGUACGGUGUCCUUCAAAACUCAACACGUUGCCGCUUGCCCUGUUCUGCAGCAGACCAUAACCUUGCGCAUCCUCGCUCUGGGCAGCGGCCUCUCUCUACAGGAGAUCCAGCAACGGGAGGCUCAGGCCGAGCUGCAGCUCCUCCAGUGCUGGGGAGAGGAUGCGAUGGUUCUGGAUGCGGCGAACAAGCGUCACGAAAUGGAAGAUGCGGAGGACCAGGAGAAGGAGCGCGACACGAAGUGGGCCAGACCGGAAUCCAAGGGUGGUUUCGGCCGAGGCGGGAGGGGAAAAGGCAACCAAUCAGGUCAGCCGCCGAAGAACAACGGGCCUCGUCGACAGCCACUCCGCCGAUCGACGGAGUCGGACUCCAAGGCCCCGGACGGCAUGAUGUGGCUGCUGGGCAAACUCCUCUUGCGCCACGAGGAUCAGAUGGGCAUCGACAGGACCCAGAACGGCUUUGUCAUGUUCUUCAAGAGAGAGAGUGCUCUCUCCCUGGUUCCUCUCUUCGUGCAGAAGUCUCAGCACUGGAAUGCCCUGAAAGAGCAGAAGCAGGAGAAGAUGGACGAGAUUGCCCUCCCUAUACGAUCCUUUCUCUUCCACACCAUGAUGGAGACCCUGGUGAAGCGCAUCAAGGACACCGUGAAGAACGACGAGCAACUGAAGACUGCCAUUACCCUUCAGGUGUUUCUUCCAAAGGAGGGCGACACGGAGCUGCGCAUUCCCUUCCUGAGCUACAACCCGGAGACCAAAUCUCUGGCACCUCGUCAGGAUCAACAGCCAAUCCCGGUUUCCACGAUGCUCGAGAAGUUGCAGCUCCUUCAGAAGCAAUGCCUCUGCCCUCUGGCCAUCAUGCGAUUCCACUCCACUCCGUCCCCCUUCAGGGUGGGUCACAGGUCGCCGGAAGCAGCCGAGCUCUAUCUGAGCCUCCGAUCGCUGGCCAAUUCGGCGAUUUGGCAGCUGGUGGGCGGAUCUCUGCGUCCGGAGAAAAUGGGUGAUGUGGUCCGCGGCCAUGCAUUCAGUCGUGCGGCGAAUGACUACGCAGGCGCCUGUUCCGGACCUCUGGUCAUCUCUCCAAUGGUGCGCGAUUGUGGGGACGCAUGGCAAAUGCUCCUAGCUACGCCUCCUUCUCAGUGCGGUACUGGAACUAGUGGUCGGGUCACAAUCCAGCGGCUCAUCCAUGCCUGGAAGGAUCAAGCUGCUGCUGGGCUCACUGCCAUGGACUGUGAGCCGGGCCUUUUGGUUUUGCAGGUUAAUCGGUUCAGCCCCUCGGCUGCCGGUGCAAAGGAUGUCACUAGUGUGUUGCCGGAUCCUCGCAUUCUGAUACCCUGUUUUCAGCAUCACCCUAUCCCGCAAGAUGCCGCCCUGUGUGUGCGCCUUUGCGAAUACCAGCUGAUUGCGAUCAUUAUGCACGAGGGUCCUGAUGCAGCCUCCGGCCAUUACCGUGCGCUCCUCUGCACUUACCCUCCUGAUUCAGAGCCCGUUCACUGGCAAUGCGACGAUGCAAAAGAGCCGACAGUCCAUUCUGCGCUCUCAUUGCAAGCUUUGAUCACGGGCUACCUCUACUUCUACUGCCGCACCGUGCAGCCUUGA